GUAACUUCAGAAUAAUGAAGACGUUAAUUUUAACUCCAGUUUUCAUAUUCACGAUUUUGCUUGAUACUGUUCGCGGAGUUAUUGAGGAGCCAGAUGGACAAAAAGCAGCUAAUGAGGAUGAGCGGCAGGUCCGUCAGUUAUUCACGGGACUGAGUCUUCAAAACGCCGACCACGCUUCAAGUUCGAUUCAUCACCCACAAAAUAAUCAGCAGCCAGGUCUACUUGUAAGAGCGCAUAACAAUAAUGCGCCUUUCAGAUUCAUUUCACCACAGCCUGCAGUACCGCCAGCAAUUGUCAAACCGAAAGACAUGCACCGUUACCGUCCAGGUCAAAUAGUGACUUUUAAUGGCAUUAUUCACAUACUCCGUGCUGAUAAAGAUGGUCGUAUAUACGCUUCAAAAUUGAGUAAAGAUGAGAUCGAGAUUUAUAACAGUAUUGAGAAACGACAUCCUCAGAGCCCAGGGGAAUAUUUUAUUCCUUAAAUCUAAUAUGAGCCGCAAUGUAAAGUGGAGCGUGAAGUAGGAGAAGGCCAGAAGGGUGAUGAGUAAAAUACUUGGUGGAAGACGCCGCUCCUCCGGGAGGUUUUCUCCACACGUUGGUUUUCCUGUAGGGUUGCACUGACGCAUCAUCGUAUGAAGGUGCUG